UGGGUGUUGUUGAGGAAAAGAGACCCCACAGCUCUCUCUGAUACAAGGCAGAUAGGUUCAGUUACAGAUCCGGAGAGUGCGGUAAACAACAAAGAUCCAAUACAUCAUUCUGCCUGUCUGCCUACCCUGCUGUUGUAUCUGUAAUACAGAGCUCUUAUUUCAGGUUGGAUGAAGGAAAGGAGCUGUUUGCAAUCCACUGUUGCUGAAAAAGGAUGUAUAGGGAAUGUUUUGCCUACAUAAAAGUAAGGCAGGCACAAAAGUGACCGCUCUGGAGACAGCUGGAGUGUCUAUUGCUUUCGUGUUGUGUUCUGUCCACUCUGCUGAAGAAGAAAGCAUGUUUACAACACUUGCAACAAACCUCUUUGCUGAUACAGUGGAAGAAAGCAGCACUGCAUCCACCUUUAAAAUCCAGAAGAGUUAAAAUGGGCUGCUACAAAUCAGCACUCAUAGCCCAUGCCAUACUGAGACAGCCUCCUCCCCUUUUUGCCCUACCUCCAUUGGGCACAUUCACACCAGUGUAGGGCUAAUGGGAGGAGUGGUCCUUCGUGGAAUUGUGGUAUAUUGAGAUGAAUAUAAAGAGAAUAUGGUUUCAGUAAUACCACUGGUUGAAAGAAACCUGUAAAGACAAUUUGAGUCAGGUGUCCAGUCUCUACGGAAGUCAUGGGAUGUGGCACAUCUAUUACGAAGAACCAAAUGAACAAAUCAGAAAAAGCUAUUAAAGCAGCUAUCCUCAUUCAAAGGUGGUAUCGGUCUUACAUGGCCCGGAUGGAGAUGAGGCGGCGAUAUGCUCUAAGUAUAUUUCAGUCAAUUGAAUAUGCAGAGGAACAGUCACAGCUUCAGUUAUCCAACUUCUUCACUUUCAUGCUGGACCAUUUUACUCAAUCCGAUGGAACUGAUGCAGAUGUUGGCUCUCACAUUUUCUCCAGUUCUGAUGUUUGCAGCUCAGAUCUUGCAAUGAGAGAGUAUGAAAGGACAAUAGAAGUGCCUGCCUCCUACCAUGGCCCUCAUCUUUGUUUUCCCCUCACUGUUGCUGACACAGAUGUGCUUCUUGAGGCUUUCAAGCAUCAACAGAAGCUUCAUGCUCGCUAUGUGCUUCAACUGUUGCAUGAGACCAGAAAGGUCCUUCAGCAGAUGCCAAACAUCACUUAUCUGUCAACCUCUUAUGCCAAAGAAAUAACUAUCUGCGGAGAUUUGCAUGGAAAGUUGGAUGAUCUUUUGCUGAUUUUUUAUAAAAAUGGCCUUCCUUCAGAUGAAAAUCCUUAUGUUUUUAAUGGUGAUUUUGUUGACAGAGGAAAAAAUUCCAUUGAAAUACUUAUUAUCCUGUUUGCAUUUCUUCUUGUGUACCCCAACCAUUUGCACUUGAAUAGAGGCAAUCAUGAGGACUACAUCAUAAAUCUUAGAUAUGGUUUCACAAAAGAGGUUAUGAGAAAGUACCGGUGCCAUGGCCAAACAAUUUUACAUCUUCUUCAAGAUGUCUACAGCUGGCUUCCACUUGCAACUGUAAUUGACAGCAAAGUUCUUAUUGUACACGGUGGGAUUUCAAACACAACUGAUCUCCAUUUUCUGAAUUUAUUUCAGCGAAGCAAGCUGAAGUCUGUGCUGAGACCUCCAAAGUCAAAUACAGGAGUAAUCUCUGAGUUGGAGGAAGCUCAUCUUGAACAGGCUGAUAAUCAGCUACAGAAAUCUGAGAAGUGCCAUUUUGGGCAGGCUGCUUCCAAUAAAGAAGCCACGAGGUCCACAUCAGUUUCUGGUGGGAGAAGAGAAUACAGUAGCAGGGAGCAGCCUGAUGUCCUCUGUGACAGAUAUAUUUCCCAUCCCCAUCUGGAGGUGCAACAUUUAAAGCCUUGUAGUGUUACUACACCACACCCAUCUCCAGAAUUAACAAAAAUGGAGUGGAAGCAGGUGGUGGAUAUUCUCUGGAGUGAUCCUAAACAUCAAAAUGGCUGUACACCAAACAAACAUCGAGGGGGAGGUUGCUACUUUGGACCAGACAUUACUGCCACAUUGCUGAAACGUUAUAAUUUAAAAAUGCUCAUCCGAUCUCAUGAAUGCAAACAGGAAGGCUAUGAGAUUAGCCAUAAUGGAAAGGUUAUCACAAUUUUUUCCGCCUCAAACUACUAUGAAGAGGGAAGUAAUCGUGGGGCUUACAUCAAACUAAACCCAGAUCUGAUCCCUCGUUUUGUUCAGUAUCAAGUCAGCAAAUCUACACGUAAGCAGACACUUCAUCAGAGAGUGACUACAAUUGAGUUGUCUGCUUUAAAAUGUUUGCGAGAAAAACUUUAUGCACAUAAAUCAGAGCUGAUUGCAGCCUUUAGGCUCUAUGAUCCAAAUGAUACAGGGAAAAUUUCUCCCACUGAGUGGGCUUCUGCAAUGGAAUCUGUCCUGCAUCUUGACCUUCCCUGGAGAACUCUGCGUUCUAGGCUGGUUUAUGUAGCUCGGGAUGGAAACAUUGAAUACUUUUCAUCUUUUGAUGAUUUAGAAAUCAAACUACCUAUUAAAGAGGUUCAGCCAUCUUUGGUGGAAACCCUGUGUAGAUACAAAGCUGAUCUGGAGAUAAUCUUUAAUAUUAUUGACAGAGAUCAUUCAGGUCUUAUCUCUAUUGAUGAGUUCCGCCACACAUGGAAGCUCAUCAGCCUGCACCUGAAAAUCAGUAUAGAUAAUGAAUCCAUUGACAACUUAGCCCGUAGCAUGGAUUUUAACAAAGAUGGUAGUAUUGACUUCAAUGAAUUUUUAGAGGCUUUUCACGUGGUCCACAAAUUUGAGAACAGGUACAGUUCCUAAGGGAGCUGGAUUCUUCAUAAUGAUUUUUCCUAUCAUGUUUUUGCUCUGUAAUUUCCUAAUUAUAUGUUUGAUGCCUUGAUGUUGAUAAGUCAGAGUGAACAGUACUCCAGGAAAAUAGGCUUUACAGAGGUGGCACUAUCUGAUUAUGUACAUUUGAUAUGAAGUGAAAUCCACAGUGUCACUUCACAACUUUUGGGCUGAGACCAAUUACUGGUACAUGGGAAGAAGUGAAAGCUGGCAGAUUGCUCUAAUGAGAGCCAGAAAUGUACAGACGGAUGGGAAGUUACUGUUAAAAACCUUCCUAGAAAUUGUGUUGUCAGCAGUGACUGCAGCAGUGCCAUAUUGAGAAGUUCAGGGUUUAUUAUGAUCUUUAUUGAUUCAGAAGGCUACUUCAGAACAAGGUCUGGGUAUCUGUUCAAUCACAUUAUAUACCACUUACCAUUUCUAAAACAACUGUGUUGGAGUGGCGCAGUGCUUUACCAAUGGCAUCAGAGAAACGACAAAAGCAACCAGGUGCACUGCCAAGUAGGAAGAACAGUGCAUAUCUUGUCGAUGUGGCUUUCAAUGGCAAAAUAGACAGCUCCACCAUCUUAUAUAGCUUAUUUCCUGCACCAGUAUAUAGUAUCUAUCCCAGAAGGGCAGCCAGCUCUACUUUUUUUUCCUCUCAGGAAUUGCUGACAGCAAACAGGCUUUAUUAUAUGUUAUACAAAG